AUGGCUGAGAAGGAGGGCAACCUCGAGGCCGUCCUCAAGGAGGCCGUCGACCUGGAGAACAUCCCCCUCGAGGAGGUGUUCGAGAAUCUGAGAUGCAGCCGCGAGGGUCUCUCCACUCAGCAGGCGCAGCAGCGCCUCGAAAUCUUUGGCCCCAACAAGCUCGAGGAGAAGGAGGAGAGCAAAUUCCUCAAGUUUUUGGGCUUCAUGUGGAAUCCACUCUCCUGGGUCAUGGAGGCUGCAGCAAUCAUGGCCAUUGCCCUUGCCAAUGGAGGGGGGAAGCCACCAGAUUGGCAGGACUUUGUUGGUAUCAUAACUCUGCUUGUCAUCAACUCAACAAUCAGUUUUAUCGAGGAAAACAAUGCUGGUAAUGCUGCUGCAGCCCUCAUGGCUCGUCUCGCACCUAAAGCCAAGGUGCUUCGUGACGGUCGAUGGACUGAGGAAGAGUCAGCCAUUCUUGUACCAGGAGACAUUGUCAGUAUUAAACUCGGAGACAUUAUACCUGCAGACGCACGCCUCCUUGAGGGGGAUCCUUUGAAGAUCGAUCAGUCUGCCCUGACUGGAGAGUCACUGCCGGUCACCAAAGGUCCCGGUGAUGGUGUCUAUUCUGGUUCGACGGUCAAGCAAGGUGAAAUUGAAGCUGUUGUGAUUGCCACCGGUGUUCACACUUUCUUCGGAAAGGCUGCUCACCUUGUUGACUCCACAAACCAAGUUGGCCAUUUCCAGAAGGUCUUGACGGCUAUUGGGAACUUCUGCAUUUGCUCAAUUGCUGUGGGGAUGUUUGUUGAGAUCAUUGUCAUGUAUCCUAUCCAGCACAGGGCAUACCGCCCUGGGAUCGACAACCUCCUCGUCCUUCUCAUUGGAGGCAUCCCCAUAGCCAUGCCGACAGUCCUAUCUGUAACUAUGGCUAUUGGGUCCCAUCGUUUGUCUCAACAGGGAGCUAUCACAAAGAGAAUGACUGCAAUCGAGGAGAUGGCUGGCAUGGAUGUUCUUUGCAGUGAUAAAACAGGAACUCUGACCUUGAACAAGCUUACUGUGGACAAGAACCUCGUUGAGGUUUUUGAAAGGGGCAUUACUCAGGACCAAGUGAUUCUCAUGGCUGCUAGAGCAUCUCGUACAGAAAACCAAGAUGCUAUUGAUACUGCUAUUGUUGGGAUGCUAGCUGAUCCUAAAGAGGCACGCGCUGGCAUCCAAGAAGUUCACUUCCUGCCAUUCAAUCCUACUGACAAAAGGACAGCACUGACAUAUAUUGACGGCGAUGGGAAAAUGUAUCGUGUUAGUAAGGGUGCACCUGAGCAGAUUCUCCAUUUGGCUCACAACAAGUCAGAGAUAGAGAGGAGGGUCCAUGCUGUGAUUGAUAAAUUUGCAGAGCGUGGACUUAGAUCUCUUGCUGUAGCAUAUCAGGAAGUACCUGAGGGGAGGAAAGAAAGUCCUGGUGGUCCAUGGCACUUUGUUGGUCUCAUGCCACUUUUUGAUCCUCCAAGACAUGACAGUGCUGAAACAAUUCGGAGGGCACUCAACCUUGGUGUGAAUGUCAAGAUGAUCACUGGUGAUCAGUUGGCAAUCGGAAAGGAAACAGGACGCCGUCUAGGAAUGGGUACAAAUAUGUAUCCUUCUUCUGCUUUGUUAGGGCAGAACAAGGAUGAGUCUAUUGCUGCUUUACCUGUUGAUGAUCUCAUCGAGAAAGCCGAUGGUUUUGCUGGUGUAUUCCCUGAACAUAAGUAUGAGAUCAUGAAACGUCUGCAAGCACGGAAGCAUAUCUGUGGAAUGACUGGUGAUGGAGUAAAUGAUGCUCCAGCCCUGAAGAAAGCUGACAUCGGUAUUGCUGUUGCCGAUGCAACUGAUGCUGCAAGGAGUGCUUCAGAUAUUGUCCUCACAGAACCAGGACUUAGUGUGAUCAUUAGUGCUGUGCUUACUAGUCGUGCUAUUUUCCAGCGUAUGAAGAAUUACACGAUCUAUGCUGUCUCGAUCACCAUUCGUAUUGUGCUUGGAUUUAUGCUCCUUGCCCUCAUUUGGAAAUUUGAUUUCCCCCCAUUCAUGGUCCUAAUCAUUGCAAUUCUAAAUGAUGGUACCAUAAUGACUAUAUCAAAGGAUCGUGUAAAACCAUCCCCACUACCCGACAGCUGGAAGCUGGCUGAAAUUUUCACAACUGGAGUUGUCCUUGGUGGAUAUCAAGCAAUGAUGACUGUCAUCUUCUUUUGGGCUGCAUACAAGACAAACUUUUUCCCAAAAAUAUUUCAUGUUGAAAGCCUUGAGAAGACAACUCAAGACGAUUUCCAAAAGCUUGCCUCUGCUGUUUACCUGCAAGUCAGCACCAUCAGCCAAGCCCUCAUCUUUGUGACAAGGUCCCGGAGCUGGUCAUUUGUCGAGCGCCCAGGGUUUCUACUGGUCUUUGCUUUCUUGGUUGCGCAGCUGAUUGCUACACUGAUUGCUGUGUAUGCUGACUGGGCAUUCACUUCGAUCAAAGGCAUUGGGUGGGGCUGGGCUGGUAUUGUGUGGCUUUACAACAUCAUCUUCUACUUCCCGCUCGAUAUCAUCAAGUUCCUUAUCAGAUAUGCUCUUAGCGGGAAAGCGUGGGAUCUUGUCAUUGAGCAGAGGAUUGCGUUCACAAGGAAGAAGGACUUCGGUAGGGAGGAGAGGGAGCUGAAGUGGGCACAUGCACAGAGGACCCUCCAUGGGCUACAGGCACCUGAUGCCAAGAUGUUCCCAGAGAAGGCUGGGUACAAUGAGCUGAACCAGAUGGCUGAGGAGGCGAAGAGGAGGGCCGAGAUUGCAAGGCUGCGGGAGCUUCACACACUCAAGGGGCAUGUGGAGUCUGUUGUGAAGCUGAAGGGGCUUGACAUCGAGACCAUCCAGCAGUCCUACACAGUGUAA